AUGACUGUGAAGUACCCUCGCUUCUACUCGUCCCCCAUGGACCAAGAAACCGACGCCACCCCGGUACAAAUCUACGGCCUGGAGCAGCGAGAACCCUCCAUCCACAGGGGAUCCCCCAAACUGCUCAGUCGAGUCUCGCACGUCCUAGACGACAUCCGCGAAGACCUCGUGAUAGACGCUCACCAAACCUCGGAGAAGCUCAAGCGGUACUCAACCAUCAACCACGACGGACACGGUCUCAGUGCUCCCCCGACUCGCCCAGAGGGCCCGAUGACAUCCCACGGGCCCCCGCGGUCGCGGCCAAUGUCCAUCAUCUCCUUCGACAACUGGUCCUCGCCGACUAGGAGAAUGAGCCGGCUGUCCCGCCGGUUCUCGGUCUUCUCUUCUCGGAACAAGCUCAACCGUUCCAAGGAAGCUAGCAUAUCUUCGCCAGAUCUGAUCGGUUCUUCGACUCAGUACGAAUAA